UGAAGUGCUCACUGAGGAAGUGACCAUGGAGGAUGUAAUGGUGACCUUCACCAAGGAUGAGUGGGCUCUGCUGAAUCCAUCCCAAAAGAAGCUCUACAGAGAUGUGAUGUGGGAAACAUUUAGGAAUAUAAAUGCUAUAGGAAGGACUUGGGACAACCAGCAAAUGGAAGAAAAAUACAAAAAUCGCUCAAGAAAUCUAAGAAAUGAGGAAGUAGAAAAAUGCUAUCAAUAUAAAACUUGCAAUCUACAAGAAAACAUAUUCCUUUGGACUGAACAUGCUAAUGUGGACAUGGAAGAAGCUGCUUUAAAGCCAGCCGGAAGUCUUGAUUGUAGAGAGCCCCUGAUUGGGCAUUUAUCAUUAAAUUUGGCCACCUUACCUCACCCUGGAGAGAAGCCACAUGAGUAUUUGGGAUUUGAUGAAAAGCUAAGUAACUGUAAUGAACAUGGAAAAACAUGCAGUGAUCUGCAGUCCUUUCAGAAGCAUGCAAUGACAAAGACUGGAGAGAAACCCUGUCAAUAUGACCAAUGUGUGAUAUCCUUCUCUGAAGGAACUCACCCUGGAGUGAAGACCAUUGUUGUUCAGAAAAGUGUGAAAGCCUCCGAUACCCACAGGGAUUUGCAAGUCCAUCAACGAUUUCACGCUGGCAAGAACUCAUAUGUAUGCAAGCAAUAUGGAAAAAUCUUCAAUACUCAAAGUGGUAAAACUCAUGAAAGGAUUCACAUGGAGGAGAAACUCUAUGUAUGUAAGCAAUGUGGAAAGAGAUUUGCAUGUAUGUUUGCAUUUCAUAGACAUAGACGAAUCCACACUGGUCAGACACCCUAUGUAUGUAAGCAAUGUGGGAAAUCAUUCAGCAGAUACACUCAAUAUCAAAGUCAUGAAACUACUCACAGUGGGGAGAAGCCUUACGUGUGUAAACACUGUGGGAAAGCCUUUGCUAGACUUUGUUAUUAUCAAAUACAUGAAAGAAAUCACACUGGGGAGAAACCUUAUGUGUGCAAGCAAUGUGGAAAAGCAUUUACUACAAAGAAUUAUUGUAAUAUACAUGAAAAAAUUCACACAGGGGAGAAACCUUAUGUGUGCAAACAAUGUGGGAAGGCAUUCAUUACACAUCAAUAUUGUCAAAUACAUGAAAGAACUCACACUGGGGAAAAACCUUAUGUGUGCAAGCAAUGUGGAAAAGCAUUCAGUAUAAGAAGUAAUUAUAAAAGACAUGAAAGAACUCACACUGGGGAGAAACCUUAUGUGUGCAAGCAGUGUGGGAAGGCAUUCACUACAAAGCAUUAUUAUAAACUACAUGAAAACUUUCAUGCAGGGGAAAAACCCUAUGUGUGCAAGCAAUGUGGGAAGGCAUUCACUAUACAUCAAUCAUGUCAAAGACAUGAAAGAACUCACUCUGGGGAGAAACCUUAUGUGUGCAAACAAUGUGGAAAAGCAUUUACUACCAAGACUUACUCUGACAUACAUGAAAAAAUUCACACAGGGGAGAAACUUUAUAUGUGCAAGCAGUGUGGGAAGGCAUUCACUACACACCAGUCUUGUCAAAGACACGAAACAAGUCACACAGGAGAGAAACCUUAUGUGGGCAAGCAAUGUGGGAAGUCAUUUACUACAAAGAAUUCUUACAACAUAUGUGAAAGAACUCACAAAGGGGAAAACCCCUUUCCACGUGGCAUGUGAGCCAUGUGGAAAAAGAUUUUUAUUAUUAGGUCCACAUUUUAUAGACAUAGAUCCCACAAUGAGGAGGAACCCUAUGUAUUUAAACAAUGAAGGAAGCAUUCAGUGAACAUAGUUUUUAUCCCAUGAAAGAAGUCACACUGGAGAGUGACCUUAUAUAUGUAAGCCUAUUUUUUAAAGUUUAUGAAAAUUCCUCAUGUAUGGAGACCUGUACACAUAUAAAAGAAAGGUUUGAUGUCAAGAUUUCUUCGUGUGUGUUCCAGAAAAUACACUCCCAGAAGAUCUAAAAUGUAUUCUUUCUGUGUUUUUAGUAAAUCACUUGUAAAUGAUUGAACUAUGUAUCUGUAGUCUUUACUAGAAAAAAUAUUGACAUAAUAUAUUUUUAUUUAAGCCAUUGUCUUUGAACUUAAUAUAUAGUAUCUUCUAAUAAAAUAAGAUGAAUUAAAAUGUAUUUCUCACUUCUAAGUAGGGUUAGUGCUUAUGUAGUUUUUAUUCUGUUUUUAUUAUAGGGAGAUAUAGAUUGCUAAAAAAAAAUUAUUACUAGUUUUUUAAUGGGAUAACCCAGUAGCUUUCAUUGUAAUUUUCUUUGUGUAUGUAUUUCAUAUGAUGUAUACAAAAAGAUAAUUUUGAAUUUGAUGUGAACAUGCAUUUUUGUGAAAGUUCAUUUGUUUACACACAGCUUGAUUAGCAAAUUCUUUUUAUAUCCUAACUAGUACCUGCAUAUAUCCCAACAUAAUUAUACAAUGCACAUAAUUUCACCUAUUUUGCUUUUAUGUUGAAAUCAGUACUAUGAUUUACAUAAAAUUUUGCUUUCCUGUCAUUUUACUUUUCAUGCUUAUAUUGUUAUGACUUUCAAUUUGUUGGUAACUUUCCCACAAUUUAUACCAAAAGUUAAACCAUACUGCUGUGAGUUUCUGAUUGUGAUACAUCAGAUGGACCAUGCCUUGUCUAAUAAAGGAUAUCAUGAACUAUAA